AAACAACAUGGCUACCUCGGCUGUGACACUGACAGGAGGCGUUCGCUACAAAAUGAUAAAAGCAACAUUAUUUUAUCGAAAUGCGUCGUUUUCAACCAGGAGACUAAAUAUGUCUGCUUCGACUAACGACCACCAACUACAGGCCAGGACAAAAGGUGUUCCUCUGCAGCUGGAAGGAGUGGUGGGCCUGGAGAUCCACGCCCAGAUUCACUCCAACACCAAGUUGUUCUCCGGCUCGGGGGUCCAUUUCAUGUCUCCUCCAAACUCCCUGGUGUCAUUCUUGGACGCCUCCUUACCCGGAACGUUACCUGUGUUGAACAGACGAUGCGUUGAGGCGGCAGUGAUGACGGGGCUGGCCCUCAACUGCAGCAUAAACAGGAAGUCCCUUUUUGACAGGAAACACUACUUUUAUGCUGAUCUCCCCGCAGGAUACCAAAUCACGCAGCAGCGGCGGCCCAUCGCGGUGGACGGCAUGCUGACCUACAGCCUCAUGGGCGGUAAAAAAAAGAACCAGGUGCUGAGGAAAAACGUCCGCGUCAAGCAGAUUCAGCUGGAGCAGGACAGCGGCAAGAGUCUCCACGACGACGUCCGCGGACAGACGCUUAUAGACCUCAACAGAGCUGGUGUGGGACUGAUGGAGCUGGUGAUGGAGCCUGACAUGAAGUGCGGCGAGGAGGCAGCGGCGGCCGUCAGGGAGCUUCAACUCAUCCUGCAAGCCCUCGGCACCUGUCAGGCCAACAUGUCUGAGGGCCAGCUGAGGGUGGACGCCAACGUGUCGGUUCACAGACCCGGCGAGCCUCUCGGUGUCAGGACUGAAGUGAAGAACAUCAACAGCGUUCGAUUCCUGUCCAAAGCUAUUGACUACGAGAUCCGUAGACAGAUCGACGUCCUGCGGAGGGGAGAGAGCGUGCAGAACGAGACCCGCGCUUACGACUCCAAAUCCGGGACUACUAUGCCCAUGAGGGACAAGGAGGGUCUUCAGGACUACAGGUUCAUGCCAGAGCCCAACCUGCCCCCUCUGAUGGUGUACGAGGACGACGCCUCGGUGCCCACCGGCGCCGACCAGGCGGUGGUCAUACAGAAUCUAAGGGCGGGGCUUCCGGAGCUGCCCAGCAUGACGCGAGACAGGCUGGUCCAAACUCACGGCAUCCUGCCCGAGCACAGCUUCACCCUGCUGAACGAGGAAGGCCUGGUGGAGUACUUUGAGUCCGUGCUGAAGGCCACCGGGAGGGAGCCCAGGAAGGUGAUUGGCUGGGUGACCAACGAGCUGCUGGCCCUCCUUAAACAACGAGAACUGAAUGUGAGCCAAAGCCCCAUUUCCCCGUCCGCCUUGGCCGAGCUGCUGGAGCUCCAGGAAAGGGGAAGCAUCUCGUCCUCCGUGGCCAAGCAGGUGUUCCAGGAGAUGUGGAGGUCGUCGGGGGAAAAAACGCCGGCACAGAUCAUCCGGGAACAGGACCUGGGCCUCGUUAGCGACGUCACGCAGCUGCACGACAUCUGCCAGAAGGUUCUGGACACGCAUCCCGACAAGGUCCGGGCCAUCAAAUCGGGGAACCAGAAAGUUCUGAACAAGCUCAUGGGACUGAUUCAGAAGGAGACCAAAGGCCGAGCGGACCCGGUUGUAGUGCGGGAGAUUCUACAGGAGAAGAUUUUGUCUUUCAAGGACACCUCGACAGACUAGCAUCUCCACAUUUGAAUCUGUCUAGAUCAACUACAGUAAGUAGGGAUGGCUACCGAAUUCGGUACCUUUUUUUUUUGGCACCGGCCAAAAUCGGUGCCAAUGUUACAAGACCCGGGUUGCGUGUGACGUUGUGCCCGACCAUCACUCCAGCAGCACUGAGAGCGGACUCAGCCCAAUGACCUCUACUGGAGGUAUGUUGCAACUUCCAUCAUAGAAAUUCAUACCUGCCAACUACUCCGGUUUUCCCGUAAUUAGUACGGUUUUCAUCAACCUAUUCCGGGUUACGGUUGCAGUGAUAAAAAAUACGGUUUUUCAUUAAUUACAUUUUUUUAUUUUUUUUUUAAGUUUUAUUCACGAAAUCGCGUAACAACAAUGACAAUCGACACUGCUUCCCGUAACUUCCUAUCGAGCCAUUCCGAAUGCCAUGCGCGAGGCUAUUUAUAGCACCGCUGCCAAGCACGAGGCACCAGUUGCCAUUGUUUCCAAACGAGCGAACGAUCAUGGAAU